GUCAGAGCUUAGUAGUCACCCGCCUGUUGACAUUACUGGUGAGUUGCAUGAUCCCGCGCCUCUCACAGCUCGGUAACCUUUAGGGCGGUCCUCUGCGCCCCGCCACACGUGCGCUGGACAGUGCCAACACGGAAGGAGGUUACAAGAGAGCGUUGCAAACUCGAUACGUCAGAUUGAAGAGCCGGAGCGAUGUCUACCACGGACCCGAGUGUGAACGUGACUGAUCUCAUUGAUGGCGGGUCAGAGGGCAGGGGGAUCAACGUGGAGGGGCUGGUGGCUAUCAUUGUGUUCUACCUCAUCAUCCUCGGCAUCGGGUUGUGGGCGGCGUGGCGGCGGAAGGGUGAGGCCAGCACGGAGGAGGUGAUGCUGGCGGGCAGGGACAUCGGCAUCUUCGUGGGCAUCCUCACUAUGACAGCCACGUGGGUCGGCGGAGGUUACAUCAACGGAUCGGCCGAGGCAGUGUACAGCAGUGGACUUAUCUUCUGCCAGGCUCCCUUCGGUUACGCCAUCAGCCUGUCCCUGGGCGGUCUCUUCUUCGCGCGCAAGAUGAGGGACGAGCGGUACGUAACGAUGCUUGACCCGCUCCAGAACUGCUUCGGCCAGAGGUGGGGCGCUAUGCUGUACCUCCCUGCCCUGGCUGGAGAGACGCUGUGGUCCGCCUCCAUCCUCUCCGCCCUGGGGUCCACGUUGGCUGUGAUUCUCGACCUCAACAACACGGCCUCCAUCCUCGUCUCAGCGGCUAUUGCGGUUGUUUACACUCUCUUCGGCGGCCUGUACUCCGUUGCCUAUACCGAUGUUGUCCAGCUGUUCUGCAUCUUCAUCGGCCUGGUAAGUGAGGGCUGUGAGAGGGAGAGGAGGGAGGGAGUGUAAGGGAGAAAGGAUGAAUGUGAGGAUUGAGAAUGUGGA